GCCGCCGGUUAGUGCCCUUCCUUCAGCCCUAGCUUGCCACGGCAGAAUUCGGACAAGAAACCGAGCAGGACUAGAAAUUCCUUCAGCAAGUAGCUAAAACUCCGGGUCUCUGAUACCUGUGUCGCUACUGGACUCGGAUUUGAUUCUCCUACUCGUACCAGGAGUGUGGCCUCCAGGCUUAGCGAUGCAUAUAUAAGUACAGACAGGAGCCUGCCUUUCGUCUGAACAAACUUGUCCAAGCAUCAGGGAUUUGCAACUUUGGGAGUUACCGAAGGAAUUUAGCAUUGAGUCCGCCUUCCCGCCGUUAUACUUGAAGAAAUUCGUCUGCUUGGCCAAAGUUCUAGAUCUUUGCAGAGUGACCCUGCUCCCAUGGAGCUAAGUAGCGUCGCCUCGAUGAUGAGCUUAGGGAGUCUGGCUAUCCAGCGGACAAAUCUGUGCUCCCUAGUCUUCAGAGUUUUGCCAAAGCUGCUAAGCUACACUCCCAGUUCACUGAAGAAACUAUGCAAAGAUGUUGAUCCACCACAGAGCGAUACUAUCGUGGGCACAUUGCGAGAGCUGCCUCAGGACAUCUUGAUGGAUAUCUUUGCCACCCUUGAAAUCCCUGACCUCAUACGUGCUGGAGCCGUCUGCCACUCUUGGCACUCUGCAUAUACCAGCCUACAAAGCCUUGGGCUGUAUAACCUAUCGCAGACGCCGUGCCUCCUCUAUACUUCUCAAUCUGCUGGUGAUAGCUCUGCUUACCUCUACAGCCUCAGCGAAAAGAGAUCGUACAAGUUAACUCUUCCGGAUCCACCUAUCCGCACUAGGUGUUUGAUAGGGUCCUCUCAUGGCUGGCUGGUUACUGUUGAUGAAAGAUCUGAGAUGCAUCUUGUCAAUCCGAUCACAUGUGAACAGAUUUCUCUACCUUCAGUGAUCACCAUCGAGCAUGUGACGCCCAUCUUUGAUGAGUGCGGUCUUCUACACAAGUAUGAACUGUCGUGGCACGCUGGAAUAUAUGAUGCUUUUGACCCGCCAUCUAUUUAUGAUCUUGACAAGCUGCGAGACGAAUUCCAGCUUAAGGCGUUUGUGUUCGAUGAUACAUCCACAGGAAGCUAUAUUGUGGUGCUCAUCCACAAUCCAUUGCGUCAGCUAUCUUUUGCAAAGGUGGGGGCUGAUAAAUGGACCUGGCUGCCACCUUAUGAUGUCUAUGACGACUGCACUUACAAAAAUGACAUAUUGUAUGCUGUGAGAUCAACUGGAGAUAUUCAUGCUUUUGAUCUUAGUGGACCUGUUGUCACAAUGAAGAUGAUUACGGGGACAUCUGACUGUCUUUCAACUGGUAGUUCGUACAUUCUUCAAGACCCAUGGGGUGGUCUACUGGUUAUCUGUAGAAUAUUUGAGGAUUAUGAAUUACUACCUGAUCGGGCACCUGUGUUUUGGAAGACAGGUGAAAUUAUUAUGUAUGAAGUUGAUGUGGUAGCAAGUGAACUCAAGGAAAUCAAUUGCUUGAAUGCCCAUGCGUUAUUUCUUGGGCAUAAUCAAUCGCUGUGUCUCAGUGCUAAAGAAUAUCCAUCUCUCAAAGCAAAUCAUGUCUACUUUACUGAUGAUAGUUUUUUCUGGACAAUUGGAUUGAAGAAUAAUCACCGUGAUAUGGGAAUUCUCAACUUGGAUAAUAACAGAAGGGAGCACCUUAUAUUACCUCAGCUUUGCUCCAACUUUCCAGCUCCUAUUUGGAUUACACCUGAUCUUAGAAGGCUGAACUUGGCAUCAGAGGCUGCUUGAAAAUGGUUGAUGGGCUCAAUGAGCUAACAGUCGGGUGGUUUUCUAGGUUAUUGUUUUUCCUAGAGAGAGUCAUGGACUCAAGGACCACGUGGAUUGCGUGACGGCAUCAUGGUUUCUUGACCCUAGUACAUAAACACCUAGUUUGGACCUAGAUGGCUCUGAAUAAAUAGUUGUGAGCUGUUAUUUGGUUGUAAAAUUUGACUUUUUCGAUUGUAUUCCUUGGCAAUGCUAAUGCGAAUUUCUUAUCUUAGCAAGAAUAUCCAAAUGAGCUUGUAAUCUCUAGUUCUGUACUCUACUAUAAUGUUCAAAA